CACUCCUGAGUCAAAGUGGUGUGAGGCACUUGAAGUCGCCGGGACAAAACUUCUUCCCUCAGGUGCUGGAGGUUAAUGCAGUGACUUCAUGUCAGUGGUGGACCCGGAGUAAAUAAAAUAUCUACUGAGUGCACAGAGGUGUGGAUGCAGUUUCGCUUCACCCAAGUCACAUUCACGCUCCAAAUCACAGCCAAGGAAGGUCUGGAUAAUGUGUGUUCGUCGUCGCUGUGAACUAAUGGGAAUUUCCGUGGAGCAGUUUAUCAGAAGUUUCGGUAGCUGUCAAUAAGGGUUAACUAACGGACACCAAUUCAAGACCAGGCUGACAUCGCUAAGCAAUUGUCUUGAAACGGAAAUUUGAAAACAGCGAAAGUGGACAAAGGAAAAAAAAUCCGAUUCCUGUAUUAGAAAGGAAUUCAAAAAAGUAACUGGAUUUAAAAAUACUAUGAUUGAAACUCUUUGAUGAGUUCAAGAAAUCCUGAAAUCUUUGAAGAAAAAAAAAAUUAAAAAACAGGGCUCAAAUCCUGAUUCAAGUGUUUCUGAGAAGAACUAAGCCAUAAGUGUUUUAGAAGCAGCUAGAAGACUGCCGUGGAGUUCAAGAAACAAGACAUCGGACAUCGUCACUUGAAGUCUACAGAAAUGGAGGACAUAAGGACAUGCGACAUUUUGGAAAUGUCUUUGGGCAAAGUGAGAUCAAUGGCCAAGGAACAUAGUGUGCCCCUUGGGAAAUGCCAGUCCCUCGACGAUUUUCGAGAAAGACUCAUGCUGCACAAAAACAAGAUGAUGGAGCGAAACUUCGACAUACAGCACGAGUUCAGCGCCCUGAAGCGCCGUGAGUCCAGCAGAUGCAUGACGGUGUCGAUGCAGCAGCAGCUGUCGGCGGCGCAGGAGGCGCUGCGGGGACUGCAGAGCGAGGUGAUGGAGUCGCUGGAGCAGGUGCUGCAGUCACCUGUCAGGAACCACGGGAACCGAACCCCGCUCCCCGUCUUGAGCGAAAUCGAGGCGCGCAUAAGCAAACUGACCGAGUCAGAAUGCUCCGUGGUGGUGGCAGGUGAGACAAACGCAGGGAAGAGCACUCUGUUGAACCUGCUGCUGGGGAUGGAGGUCCUGCCCACGUCCAUCCUCAGCUGCACGGCCGUGGUGUGCACGCUCCGCUACGCCAGCGACUACUCUGCCGACGUGUUCUACGCCGACGGCCACGUGGAGCACUUGAACUUUACUGACCUCGACGACGCGCGCCGUGGCCUGGAAGACAUCGCGGCGGAGACUGACCACACGAAGCGCGAGCAGAAGCCUAAACUCAGCAAACUUGAUGUCUACAUGCCUGCUGCCAUCUUGCAGAGUGGAGUGACACUGGUGGACACCCCAGGCAUAGGUGAGAACGACAUCAUGGACAGGUGCACCAUGGAGUACGUCCAGAGCCACAGCGCGUCCGCCUACAUCUACGUCAUCAAGACGGAUCACGCCGGCGGCGUGCAGGACGACCAGCUGCUGGAGUUCCUGCGGUCCAUUCUCAGCUACAACAAAAUGGCCGAUGGCUUGGACGUCUUCGACCCAAGCUCAGCCAUCUUCGUCUGCAACCGCUGGGACCAAAUCCCCAAGGAACAGAAGCCACGCGUCCAGCAGAAUGCUUACCAAAAGUUGAAGGAUGUCUGGCCAAACUUUGACCCUAAACAAGCGUUCUUCAUAUCCGCCACGAGCGCUCGCAUGCACUGGGACGUGGACCAUGACUACAUUACCGAGGAAUACGAAAAACUUCUGAAAGGACUGAAGGACGUGUUCGUUAAAGCUCAGCAUAAUUCUGUCAACCAUCAUUACAGAUGGCUGAAACAUCUCCUGCACAUUUGCACCAACAUGUUGGAAACCACGAUCGCGCAGUGCAGCGUGUCGGACGAUGUGUUGGUGGACAAGUUCACCACCACCGCCCAGAAGCUGGAGGCUCUUCACACCAAGGCUUCGGAGACCACAGGUCUUCUGAGACGACAGUGGAAGAGGAGGCUCUCAAACUUUGCGACAAGUUCGGCGAGAUCCACGGAGAAAUGGGUGGAGGAGAUCGACACUAUUAUCAUGAGGCGGCUCGUCGACCUGGUGGACGAACGUAUGAAUGAACUGAAGGUGGUGGAGAACAUGGAGAUGGAGUUCAAGUUGAAGGCGCAGCAGCACCUGCUUCUGUUGGACGAAGAGAUGGACAGCAUCGUGAGUGACAUGAGUGACCGGACGUCUCUGAACUCCUCCAUGUGCUCCACCAUGACAGGGGCUUCCUCAUCCUCUGACGACGACCUCGGCGAGGAACUGAUGCAGCUGUAUCACCGGCGAGGUGGGGGUCGCUUCCGACAGCUGCACAACUUCUCCAAGAUGUCGAAAGCCAGCGGCGGUGCCAGAAACUUCCGGGGGUCCAUGAUGGUUCUGCCCAAGAUUCGCGAGCGUCGGCGGUCCUCCGUGUUUAGCACGGACCCUGCCAUGUACUUCAAGAGUCGAAGUGCCAAGCUGACCAAGAUGGUGCAGGAGAGUAAAGAGUGCCACCAGCAGAUGGUCCUCAAGUACCGGGGUCGUCUCGAUACCUUCGUCAGUGACAUCGACAACAGUGUUCCUCACACUUGGUUUGUUACCUUGUACAAGCAGAUUAUGGAUGACAUCCGCGUCAACCACCGGAAGUUCCAGUCCCAGAAGCGCGAGUUGCUGGAGGUCAUGGAGAAGCUGGAGCCUAUCAGGGACCAACUGAGCGGCUUUGGUGCCUUGUACAUCCGGGAUCUGACGGCCGAAAACAUCGUCUUCUCCCUGGACGUGAAAUCUCGCAGAGCCUCCAUCAUGGUCUCGCUGACGGAGCACCCGAUGGGAGACUCUGGCUACGACAGCCUCCCCACCUGCCCAGUCCCUUCAAAGCCAGCGGGACCUCCCAGGGCUGUGGUGUGCCUUCCGCACUGGCUGCAUUCAGAUCGGCGAUGUGGACGAGCAGGAAAUCCGGACGUGGCCCCGUUUUUCGGCAUGACCCGGACGUACAACCCUCCAGCGUUCCUGUUCACCGGUGACCUCAUCUCCGCCCGCAGUUUCCUCAGCAACGGAUUCUACCAGCCGCAGGACAGUGUGCCCCUGAUACUGGAGGGAACCCUUCGAGGGCUGGACUACCUGCACAAAGAAGGGCUGGUCCACAUGGAGCUUACCCUGGAGACGCUGAUGAUUGAGACUGGCAAUAACGACCAGAUUAAGACACAGAUUAAUUACCAGGCAGGUGAACAGGGAUGGAAAACCUCGUCUGUGUGGGGCUUGCCUACCUCGCUGCCCCCGUUUCCCCCGGACGCUGAGGUGGUCAGCGCCAAACCCUUCUUCUGUCUGUCACCGGAAGUCUUACGUAACGAGAUGUACUCUCCAGAAGACGACAUCUACAGUUUCGGCCUGAUCGUCUUGGAAACCUGCCUGAGAGUUGAGCCGUACGCUGACCAAAGGUCCCUCAAGCUGGAGGAGUUCAAGAACAGCAUUCAUCCUUCGUCCAUGCUAGCCCUCGACAAGCUCGACCUGAGAGAGAACAUGAGCGCCAUCUUGCGCGGCUGCCUGCUUCCGGCGCGAGGUUUGCGCAUACGCAUGCGUGACCUGCGCCUCCACGUGUCGAAGAUCAAGGACGACCCUGAGGUGCAGUUGCUGUCGUGCUGCGAGCGGCGAAUCAAGCACAAGCCAAUCACCAGAGGCCGCAGGGUGUCAUGUGACGAGAGCCAAAGGCAAAGCCCUGACGCAAGCCUCAUACGCAAAUAUUCUAAUGACUAGACUAGCGAGGUGUGCUGUGAACACGUUCACACGUACAUGUUCAUUGCCAUCUAGUGGUGUGUACACGCACUUCUAUUUUCCUCUCGACAAGCAAGGAACCGAACCGGCUGCGAACAUGGGUUCAGGUGUCAAAGCAUUGCUUGGUUCAUGGACAGCCAAGAUGGUCUGCGUUCCAUAACUGUCACAACCACCCCACCACCUCCAUAUGCUGUGUUCAAACAAUCUUUCGUUGUUUCGCUUGCCCAAAACACAGGACUGUACUGAUUGUUUGAGCACAUCGACUCAAAAACAGAAAUUAAAUUCUCGGAAGGUUGGUUCUGGGUCGUCGACUGACUUGGUGAAGAGAACUCGUGAUGGUACAGCUCAGCUUAACCUGCUUCCAGCAUCAGAAAAACUUCUUCCCGAAAGAGGAAGGGAGUAGAUGAGAAGGAAUAGGUCCCAGAGAGAAAAAAAAACAUUCGAUGAACAUUUCCAGUGCCGUAAAACAAACGAUGAUCAGACUAAUAAAAGCAGCUCACCCUGUAUGGUCAUGGCCAAGUACAGUCACAGCUUUGUUUGUUUGUUGACUAUCAAUUCAUCUCCAAUUACUUAGUAUUUGCUUACUAACGGGUCACCUGCAUUUAUUUACAGUGGCUGACUGACAGUUCAUUCAAGAUUUUUCCUAAAAAGUGUACUCGGAACUUUCUUCCAGGUUUGAAACAUCCUGGAGAUAAUUGAGUGAAAGGAUGUGUGGGUGGAUGUGCAAGUGUUUAAUUAAGAGAGUGGAAACUUGAGCAGAACAGUUUGUGUUUGUCUACACCAGCUUCCAUUUGUUCAUUUCAAAGAUAUUUGGGCAAAAGACAUUUCUUUCUCAUGAACUAUUUUAAGUUCACAGAUCUGCAAUAUCGACAGAACUUUUUCAGUUCUCUUCAUGUUUGUAUUAAUGUGAGUAAAAUAGAAUCUCUUGGCUGUUUGCUAGAAGGUGCUAGUGUUUAUGAUAUCAGUGUUACCGGUGUCACAGACAAUAAUUAGAUAGUACUUAAAAGAAGUCUGAAUGCAUUGAGUUGUACUUUAAUAUGUGUACAGUGUGUUCAUGUAUACGCGUGCUUACUCAGUGUAUGAGGAAUGUAUAAAAGGAAAAUUGGAAAGAGAGAGAGAGUGUGUGGAGAAAUAAGAUCAGAUUGGUGUGGACAAUCACUCGUUGGCUUAGCAAGUAGUAUGUACAGCAAGCAGCACUUAUUCUCAUGAAAAACAGUGCCUUGGCUGAAUAAAGUGCAAAACUUAG